UUGGCGUAGAUUUAAAUCGAUGUGUCACAUAUCCUCAUACCGCUAAUGUAUUACAAUUUGUUUGUGGUUUAGGACCACGUAAAGCAUCACAUUUACUGAAAUUUUGGAAACAAAGUAAUUCACAUUUAGAAAAUCGAACAUAUUUGGUAGUUAAAUAUAAAAUGGGACGUUAUGUAUUUUCAAAUUGUGCUGGUUUCAUUAAAAUCAAUACAUCAGCAUUAGCUGAUAGUGAAUCAUACAUUGAAAUAUUAGAUAGUACACGAGUUCAUCCAGAAGCCUACGAUUGGGCUCGUAAAAUGGCUGUAGAUGCGUUAGAAUAUGAAGAUUCAUCUGAAAUUGAACCAUCAAGAGCAUUAGAAGAAAUCUUUGAAAAUCCAGAACGUUUAAAAGAAUUAGAUUUAGAUGCAUUUGCUACAGAAUUACAAAAAACAAAUUAUGGUGAUCAAUCAAUAACAUUGUAUGAUAUUCGAGCCGAAUUAACAAAUCGUUAUAAAGAUUUACGUAUACGUUAUGAACAACCGACAAAAGAAGAUUUAUUUCAUUUUAUUACAAAAGAAACACCGUUAACAUUUUAUGUAGGUAAAAUGAUUCAAUGUCAAGUAUGUCAGCCACCAAUUGUAUAUAAAAAACCAUCGGCUGAACAAUUAGAAAAUGCACAACCAGAUAAAGAUGAAAUAUCAGGUUUUUGGAAAUGUCCUUUUUGUCAUAUCGAUCGAUUUCAAGAAUUAAAAGAAGUAUGGGAUCAUUUCGAUAAGGGAUCAUGUGAAGGAACACCAAUUGGUGUACGAACACGUCUAGAUAAUGGCUGUACAGGUUUUAUUUCAUUGAAAAAUUUAUCUGAUACACCAGUUCGUAAUCCAAACGAACGUGUUCGAAAAUUGCAAGUAAUUUAUUCAAGAAUAAUGAAUAUAAAUAUUGAACGUUUUAGUGUUGAAUUAACAUGUAAAACAUCUGAUUUAAAAGAUGCAGAAGAAACAUGGCGACCAAAAAAAGAUCAAUAUUAUGAUAAAGAUGAAGAAGAUAAAGAUUUACAAAGAAUGGAUAAAGAGAAACAAAUUAAACAAGCACAAGCAUCACUAAGUUUUGUUAAACGUGUCAUUGCUCAUCCAUCAUUUAUGAAUGUCAAUUAUAAAGAUUGUGAACGUUUAUUAAUGACAAGAGAUUUAGGUGAUGCAAUAAUUCGUCCAAGUUCAAAAGCAAAUGAUCAUUUAACAAUCACUUGGAAAUUAGUCGAUGGUGUACUACACAAUAUUGAUGUUAUUGAGAAAUCAAAACCAAAUUCAUUUUCAUUAGGAAAACGUUUAUUAAUCGUUGAUCCUCGUACACAAGAAAUAGAAGAAUUUGAAGAUUUAGAUGAAAUAUUAGCUCGUUACAUCAAACCAAUGGCCAAUUUUGUUGCUGAUAUUGUUGUACACAAAUAUUAUCGUAAUUUAUCUCAACCUGUACCAUCAUCAACUCCAGCAUCAUCCUCAAUACAACCGAUAACUGCAGUUACAUCUACUCAAAUACCGCCUCCUAAUUCUCAAGAAUCAAUUAAAAUUUUAAAUAAUUUAUUAUGUGAUGAUAAACGUCGAAAUCCAACACGUAUUCGAUAUUAUAUAACAAUAUCAUCUGAAUUGCCAACAAAAUUUUUAUUAUCUUAUAUGCCAACACGUAAACCAAUUCAUGAAUAUUUUACCAUUCAACCAACAGGUAUAAGAUUUCGUACUAAUGUUUAUCCAUCACUCAAUGAUAUGUUAAAUUGGUUCAAAAUACACUAUGCAGAUAAUCAAGUAACACCUUCUCCCAUAACGCGAUCUUCACGUCAUCAUACAUCAACGGUAACCAAUACUCCUGCUCCACCCAUUCCUACAGGUGGAUCGAGUUCAAGAACACCGACUGGCUCUAGUUCCAUGUCAUUAUCGUCAACUCCAGUUGUCAAUCCUGGUAGUUUAACACCAGCUGUCACUCCGAGUCCGUUGGCUGCAGCUAUUGCUGCCUAUAAUUUUGCCACAUCAACACCUUUACCACACAAUAAUUUUUCGACUACAAUGCCGCCACCUCCACCGCCACCCAUUCCUCGUAUGCCCAGUUCUACCCCUCUUCAUCCAUCAAUGAUGCUUCCCCCUCCACCACCGUUGGCUCUUUAUCAGCAAAUGUUACAAUCAAAUCCGAUGCAAAUGCAACAAUGGCCUUUGCCACCAGUGCCACCACCAUUGCCUACACAACAAUAUUAUUAA